UGGCAGAGGGUCUGGGGACAGGCAGAGAAGGACCAUGCGGUUCAUCCUGCCCGUAGGUUUGAUCGCUACCACCCUUGCGAUUGCUCCCGUCCGCUUUGACAGGGAGAAGGUGCUCCGUGUGAAGCCCCGGGAUGAAAAACAAGCAAACCUCAUAAAGGACUUGGCCCAAACCAACCAGCUUGACUUCUGGUAUCCUGACGCCACCCACCACGUAGCUCCGAAUAUGACGGUGGAUUUCCGAGUUAGCGAAGGGGAAUCCCAGUCCAUCCAGUCUGCCUUGGAUCAAAAUCAAAUGCACUAUGAAAUCUUGAUUCAUAAUCUACAAGAAGAAAUUGAGAAACAGUUUGAUGUUAAAGAAGAUACCCCAGGCAGGCACAGCUACGCAAAAUACAAUAACUGGGACAAGAUUGUUGCUUGGACUGAAAAAAUGGUGCACAAGCAUCCUGAAAUGGUCUCACGUAUUAAAAUUGGAACUACUGUUGAAGAUAAUCCACUAUAUGUUCUCAAGAUUGGGAAAAAGGAUGAAAGAAGAAAGGCUAUUUUUAUGGACUGUGGCAUUCAUGCACGAGAAUGGAUCUCCCCAGCAUUCUGCCAGUGGUUUGUCUAUCAGGCAACCAAAACUUAUGGAAAAAACAAAAUCAUGACCAAGCUCCUGGACCAUAUGAAUUUUUACGUUCUUCCUGUGUUCAAUGUUGAUGGGUAUAUUUGGUCAUGGACACAGAACCGCAUGUGGAGGAAAAAUCGUUCCAAGAACCAAAACUCCAAAUGCUUUGGCACUGACCUCAACAGGAACUUUAAUGUCUCCUGGAACUCUUUUCCUAACACCGAGAGCCCAUGUACGGAGAUAUAUCGGGGCCCCGCACCGGAGUCCGAGAAAGAGACCAAAGCCGUCACUGACUUCAUCCGAAACCACCUGAACUCAAUCACGGCCUACAUCACCAUCCACUCCUACUCCCAGAUACUGCUGGUUCCCUACGGGUAUACAACAGAACUGCCACCGAAUCACAAGGAACUGGCCAAAAUUGCAAAAAUCAGCACUGAUGUUUUAUCAACUCGGUAUGAAACCCGCUACAUCUACGGCCCAAUAGCAUCAACAAUCUACCUGACAUCAGGUUCUUCUUUAGACUGGGCUUACAACCUAGGCAUCAAACAUACGUUUGCCUUUGAGCUCCGAGAUAAAGGCAAAUUUGGUUUUCUCCUUCCAGAAUCUCAGAUAAAGCCAACCUGUAAAGAGACCAUGUUAGCUGUCAAAUUUAUUGCCAAGUAUAUCCUCAAGCAUACUUCCUAAAGAAGUGCCCUUGGAAUGGAAUAAGCCAGAUAAUCCUUCUUUGUGCCUUUCACCAGAAAGUCAAUCUUCAAUUAUCCUAAAUAAAGCUUCCACAUCACCUGACUCCUACUCAUUUCAAUCCUGUUAUUUCUUUUUGCUUUUAUUUACUUAACAGUAGCAACUUAACAAAAGCUUUUAACUACUUUUCUUUGCUCCAAGUAAAGUUUGAACCCAGCACAAAGUAGUAUUUUGAAUAUUUUGAAAGGUGAUAUACAGCGGGUCCCAGGAAAGACAUGAGAACCUUCAGUUUCUCCAGAAUCAGAUUUUCACCAUGUGGCUUCAUCAUUUCAUGUGCUAAUAUAAUAAAAAUAAAAUGUAUUCCAAAAUGC